AUGCGUGUGUUUCAUACAAUCAAGGAAGUAGUCAACUGGCGUCGCAACGAUGUUGGUGAUAGGAGAGCCCUGUCAAUUGGGUUUGUGCCCACCAUGGGUGCAUUGCAUGAAGGCCAUGCCACAUUGAUACGUGAAAGCAAGAGCCAAAAUGAUUACACUGUAGUGAGUAUAUUUGUGAACCCAUCACAGUUUGCGCCGGAUGAGGACUUGGACAAGUAUCCUCGGACUUUGGAGAAGGAUAUCGAACUUCUAGAGUCACUCGGAUGUGAUGCUCUGUUUGCACCAAACGCCAGGGAAAUGUACCCACAAGGGAUUCCCCUGGAUGUUCAACAACAACGGGGUCCUUUUGUCAGUGUCCUGGGUGUGAGUGAGAUGCUAGAAGGCAAAACCAGGCCAAAUUUCUUCCGUGGUGUGGCAACUGUGGUUACAAAGUUACUCAACAUUGUUUCUCCCGAUGUGGCAUACUUUGGGCAAAAGGACAUCCAACAAUUUAUUGUCCUGAACACAAUGGUUACUGAACUGUUCAUGAACACAAGAUUAGUUAGAAUGCCAAUUGCCAGGGCGCCAUCUGGAUUGGCUUUAAGCAGUAGAAACAAAUACUUGUGUGAAGAAACCCUUGAAAUAUCUUCUAGUAUUUACAAAGGAUUGAACAAAGCUGCUGAUAUCGUAAAGACAGAGAAGUCUGUUGAACGCUCGGAGUUGGUAAAUGCUAUACAAUCGAUAUGGCAGCCCCACAUCGAUUCCGCCGAUUUCAAAGUUGACUACAUCUCAAUUGCCGACUACACUACAUUGCAUGAACUGAACAAGGUCGACUUACCCAAGAAGCAAGAUCAAGUAGUGAUUAGCUGUGCUGUAUAUGUCACCGAUAGAGCUUCCAAGUCCGUUGUUAGAUUGAUAGACAAUAUAGUCUUGUAA